CAAAAACUACUGUUGUACUUCCGGUUUAAACAAAUCGCGCGGAAUUCGACUCAUAAAUAUCGGCAGCGCACGGUUAAUAGUAAAAACACACCAGAUGUUUGAUUGAUAAGAAUUACCAGUUUGACGACGCUAAUGUUUUAAGUUCUCCGGUAAUGGAGGAUGACAGGAUGGAGACGGGAAACCUCAUACCAAAAAUCCAUGUGGAAGUUCACGUUAAAUCUGACAGCACAGCUAAACGGUCUGAGGUGAAAAUGCAUGUUCAGAGUUUACUGAACUGUCACAGCAUGGUGUUUGGAAACUACAGAUGGGCAGAGUUUGACGAUGACUUCCUUCAGAAGCAUGUGGCAUCUGUGGUUAUAGCUGAUCUAGAAGAAAUUGUUACACAGCCCCUUGAUUUGAGGAACUGCUGUGUCUCUUUUCACAUCUUCACAUUGAGCGAAGAUGGACCUAGCACGCUCACUUUGGAGGAGGAUGAGGAGCUUUCAGCAGCAAACCACUGGUUGCUGCCUGCAGCUGAAUUUCACGGGAUUUGGGAAAGUCUGGUUUAUGAAACUGGAGUCAAAACUCAGCUCCUGGAUUAUGUCACAACAACAAUUUACUUCUCAGACAAAAACGUUGACAGCAACCUGAUUUCAUGGAAUCGUGUUGUUCUGCUUCAUGGACCUCCAGGCACAGGGAAAACAUCACUGUGCAAAGCUCUUGCCCAGAAACUGUCAAUCAGACUGUCAAGUCGGUAUUUAUAUGGACAAUUUGUUGAGAUAAACAGCCACAGUUUGUUCUCAAAGUGGUUCUCAGAGAGUGGCAAGCUGGUCACAAAGAUGUUUCAAAAGAUCCAACAGCUGAUUGAUGACAAAGACGCUCUUGUGUUUGUUCUGAUUGAUGAGGUGGAGAGUUUGACAGCAGCAAGAAAUGCCUGCCAGGCAGGAACAGAGCCUUCUGAUGCCAUUCGUGUGGUCAACUCUGUCCUCACGCAGCUGGACCAGAUCAAACGACAUUCCAAUGUAGUGAUCCUGACGACCUCCAACGUGACAGAAAAAAUCGACUUGGCCUUUGUAGACAGAGCUGAUAUCAAGCAGUACAUCGGACCGCCAUCUGAAAAAGGCAUUUACAACAUCUACCUCUCCUGCCUGGAGGAGCUGAUGAAGUGCCAGAUCAUCUACCCCCGGCAGCAGCUGUUUACCAUGUUUGAGCUCGAGACUAUGGGCUUUGCAAAGAGUGAGGUGUCCGAACACAGUCUAAACCUGAGGAACAUCGCUAUAAAAAGCAAAGGUUUGAGCGGAAGAGCACUCAGGAAGUUACCAUUUAUAGCCCAUGCACUCUUUGUAAAGACACCAACAGUAACGCUUGAGAGGUUUCUGGAGGCUAUGAGCCAAGCUGUGGAAAAACAGAAGGAGGAAAAAGCUAACUUGGUCAACGGUAUCUGAACUUGCUGAAAUUCCCACAGGCUGACUGAUUGUGACUUGUUUGUGGUUUAAAACCUAUAAAACAUCUUUUUUUUUAUAGAGCUUAAUCAGUUCAUUUGUCAGCACUACAUUCAAUAUAUAUACACACAAAUGCUAUUUUAACAAGUGCUGUAACACAAAAGUGUUUAUUCAGGUAAUUUUGCUGGUGCUACUCUCUUAAAUGACCAAGACCAUAUCUAUGUCGGCAGAGGAAUUGUAAUUUUAAGAUGUAGCCCCCAAUGCUUGAAUUUUUCUUUGUUUUAUAUGCUAUUAACAACUAUGUUUACGCUUUUCUCACUUCCAAAGUAUUUAAUUUUUGUUGCUUUAACCUUAACUGUUUCUUUUUUUUUAUAUUUCACAUUAAGGAAAAGUUUAAUGUUUGUUUUUGUUUUUUUUAAAUCUAAGUUUUUUGUGCAUAGACAUUAGAUCAGUCAGUGUGUGGCUAUGCUGACAUGACAGCUUGUUGAAAAGAAAUGUGAGUCCCACAGUGCACCAACAGACUCACCGGACAACAAAUAAAAAAAUAUAGUAAACAUAUUUCAGUUUGUUAUGAACGGUUAACCUGUGUGUGUUUUUAAGUGUUCUUGUUAAUUGGUCCCACUUAUUUCAUCUGACAAGUUUGUAAGCUCAGCUGGCUGGGUCUCCUACAGAGGGGGUUUAUGCCUGUGCAUGAAUCACUUGAUGUUAAAAUCGUGAGCAGACAUAUUAUAUUCACAUACAAUCUGCUUUGUGCUCCGUUCGCAUGUUUGUUUGUUUGUUUGUUUGUUUUAAAUGAAUGUGAUAAAUCCUCUUUAAACUCUA